GAAUGCGAAACGUCGUCGCAUGACUCUUCUGUACCAUUGCUAAAUCAAACAUCUCUCCUUCUCCAUCAACACAGGAAGCAACUCAAAUCGAUAUCUUCCAACUCACGAAAAUGUUUCUCUUAAAGACAUGGAGAUCAACCGCUUUUGGGGUUUAUGGCUAUAUGAAUUUCACCAAGAAUGGUUUCUUAGAGCAUUCGAAGAAGUUUAAACCCGAAGAUACGCAGAUACAAAUUGAAGGAAAGAAUUGUGUGGUUACUGGAGCUAAUUCUGGUAUUGGUUAUGCUGCUGCAGAGGGUCUUGCUUCGCGUGGAGCAACUGUUUACAUGGUGUGCCGGAACAAGGAAAGGGGACAAGAAGCUCUUUCUAAGAUUCAAACCUCAACAGGAAACCAAAAUGUGUACUUAGAAGUAUGUGAUUUGUCUUCUGUUAACGAAAUAAAGUCAUUUGCUUCAAGUUUCGCUACCAAGGAUGUUCCCGUUCAUGUUUUGGUGAAUAAUGCUGGUUUGCUAGAGAACAAACGUACUACUACACCUGAAGGAUUCGAGUUAAAUUUCGCGGUGAAUGUACUCGGAACAUACACAAUCACUGAGCUGAUGCUUCCACUGUUGGAGAAAGCAACACCAGAAGCUAAAGUCAUCACAGUUUCUUCUGGUGGAAUGUACACUUCACCGCUUACAACAGAUCUUCAGUUUAGUGGUGAAAAAUUUGAUGGAGUGGAACAAUACGCACGUACCAAAAGAAUCCAGGUGGCUCUGACUGAGAAAUGGGCAGAUAAGUAUAAGAACAAAGGCAUAGGGUUCUACUCGAUGCAUCCUGGCUGGGCUGAGACACCUGGUGUUGCCAAGAGUUUGCCGAGUUUCAGUGAAUCGUUUGCGGGUAAACUUAGGACAAGCGAACAAGGAGCAGACACGAUUGUUUGGUUAGCACUGCAGCCAAAAGAGAAGCUUGUCUCUGGUGCAUUCUAUUUCGAUAGAGCUGAAGCACCAAAACAUCUAAAGCUUGCAGGUACAAGCAAGUCUCCUGACCUUAUAGACUCAGUCAUUGAUACAGUGCAUUCCAUGGCAGCUCUUGAUUCUUAGAUCCCCAUCCUCUACAUGUUUUUUUCUUGAAAAUAAAUUGCGGUUGCAUGUAAAUAUCGCAUUGGAAAAUAGAUUCAAGUAUUAAACUUUUCACUCUUUUGUGGAACUAUUAUUGUGCUGAGUAUUUAUAACUUUUACUCAGUCA